AUGCACUGGCUCUCUUGGGACAAGCUUGUUGUUCCUAAAAGUGAGGGUGGGUUGGGAUUCAAAGACCUGAAAUUGUUCAACAAGGCCCUGAUCUUAAAACAAUUGUGGAGACUCAUUGAACAGCCUGACCUUCUUAUGAGUAGAAUUUUGAGGCACAAAUAUUUUAAUGACUGCUCAAUAUUUGAAUGGCAAAACACAGGGGGUGCUUCCUGGUUGUGGUCAUCUUGGGCAUCUUUUCUACCUGUGUUGCAGAAGUUUACUAGGAUUACUAUUAGAGAUGGGCAGUCCACUAGAUUGAAUGACUCUAACUGGGUGUCUGGGCAUCAUAGUGUGAAGCCUGAACUCAGAGUGGGAGUGGAUGGGAAUCUCUUCAAGGUGAAAGUCCUGCUCUUGGCUGGGGGAGUUCAGUGGGAUAGUACUCUAGUUAGAGCCUUGUUUGCUCCUGAGGUUGAAGUGGUCGGCCUACUCUCUACUUUAUGCGAGAAAGCCGAUCAACGUUGGGGUCAAAUGGUGGAACGUAUUGGGGUCCAACACGACGCGAAGGAGCAACAAAAGGUUUUAUACGAGGCGUUAAAGAAUAUUCCCAUGUUGACGACGGAACAAAAGUUUAUCGUAGCAAAGUACUUUUGUAGGAACAAAGAAGAUAUGGAUGUAUUUUUUAGCGUGGACGAAGAGGAGAAAGCUUCAAUGGUAAAGAUGAUACUCGAAAAUAAAUUGUAG